UUCACAUGUAAAAUAUGAACAUUCUCACACUUUUAUUAGACCUAGAAAUCUUUUAUUUUUUUCAAAGAGCUCAAUUCAUUCAUGAUAUUUAUAUACUAAGGUCUAUAAAAUGGUUGUGGAUCUUAAGAUCACUUAAGACCAAAGAAGAAUUUGUCGGAAAAGUUAGGAUUCUUAUUUUUCAUUUCCGACCGGUUCAUCUAUUUUUCCCCACUCUUCUCUCUCUAUAUAUAUGGGCACACGGUGUACCAGUUUGCAAUAUGCAUUGUGGGCAAAUAUUAUUAUUACUCAGUUAAUAAAGAUUAAUUAUAUGGAGGGCAAUUGCGCUAUAGGAGUACGACUGUACAAACAAGAUCGCCAUGUUAUGAUGGAUAAUGGUAUAGUUCAAGUGACGCUAUCAAAUCCAGAGGGGAUUGUGACUGGCAUACGUUAUAAUGGCAUGGACAACCUUCUUGAAGUUCUUAAUGAUGAAUCUAACCGAGGGUACUGGGACGUGGUAUGGAAUGAUACUAGUAGUGAAGGUGGGAAAUAUGGGAUUUUCGAAGUGAUUAAAGCGACCAAUUUUGAUGUUAUAACUGAAACAGAAGAGCAAGUGGAGGUAUCAUUCUCAAGGCCAUGGAAUCCCACCCUCAAACACUUUGCUCCACUAAAUAUUGAUAAAAGGUAUGUUUUGCUUCGCGGUUCAUCAGGUUUUUACUCCUACGCAAUAUACGAGCAUGUUGGUUCACCAGAGUGGCCUCCGUUUUCCAUUGGUGAGACCAGGAUUGCAUUCAAGUUAAGAAAAGACAAGUUUCACUAUAUGGCCAUGGCGGACAAUAGGCAAAGGUUUAUGCCAUUACCAGAAGACCGCUCAACAGGAAGAGGGCAGCCCCUCGCCUACCCUGAAGCAGUCCUACUCCUCAACCCCGUUGAGCCUCUCUUUAAAGGAGAGGUGGAUGACAAGUACCAAUAUUCAUGUGAUAACAAGGACAACAAAGUCCACGGUUGGAUAUCAACAAUGACAGCCGACCAUCCAAUGGUUGGCUUUUGGUUGAUCACCCCUAGCAACGAGUUCCGGUCCGGUGGGCCCCUCAAACAGAACCUCACUUCUCAUGUCGGUCCCAUGGCCCUAGCUAUGUUUUUGAGCUCUCAUUAUAGCGGCGAGGAGUUAACGCCUAAAUUUGCGCAAGGUGAGGCAUGGAAGAAAGUUUUCGGGCCUAUUUUCAUUUAUCUAAACUAUGCUAUGGGAGUUGAUGGUGCACUCACUUUAUGGGAAGAUGCCAAAAUGCAGGUUGAAGUCCAAAGUUGGCCUUAUAUGUUUCCAAGAUCAGAUGACUACUUCUUGGCCAAUCAACGUGGAAAUGUCACUGGCAAACUAUUAAUUAGUGACAAGUACAUCUUUAAUGACCUUAUUCCCGCCAAUGGUGCAUAUGUUGGACUCGCUCCAAAGGGAAAUGUUGUUGGAUCCUGGCAAAGAGAAUGCAAGGACUAUCAGUUUUGGACCACCACUGAUGAAGAUGGCUACUUUUCCAUCAACCACAUAUGCCCCGGGAACUACAAUAUUCAUGCUUGGGUCCCUGGAUUCGUGGGAGAUUAUUGGAACGAAGAAGCUGACAUAACCAUAACUUCGGGCUUUGUUAUGGAUAUGGGCGAACUGGUAUAUGAGCCUCCAAGAGAUGGACCCACAUUGUGGGAGAUAGGCAUUCCCGACCGUAGUGCUGCUGAAUUCUAUGUUCCUCAUCCAAACCCUAAUUAUAUCAACAAGCUUUAUCUUAAUCAUCCUGACAGAUUUAGGCAGUAUGGACUUUGGGAAAGAUACUCAGAGUUAUAUCCAAAUGAAGACUUAGUUUACACUGUGGGUGAGAGCGAUUAUGCGAAAGAUUGGUUUUAUGCUCAAGUCACAAGGAAAAAGGAGGACAACACUUAUCAAGGAACUACAUGGCAAAUUAAGUUUAAACUUGAUAGUAUCCAUCUUGAUGGCAUCUACAAAUUACGCGUGGCAAUUGCAUCUUCCACAUAUGCUGAGCUACAGAUAAGAGUCAACAAUCCAAACACCAAUCAACAACCACUAUUUAGCAGUGGGUUAAUAGGGAAGGAUAACUCAAUUGCUAGGCAUGGAAUACAUGGGCUAUACUGGCUAUUCAAUGUGGACAUAAAGGGAAGUUCACUUGUUGCGGGAGAUUAUUAUAAUGCCAUUUACUUGACUCAACCAAGGAAUCAGAGUCCAUUCUAUGGAAUCAUGUACGACUAUAUUCGUUUUGAAGCUCCUCCCACAAAUCCUUACCGAUAAUUUAAUAUACUAUUAUUGUACUCCGUGUAAAAUAAACCACUGUAUAUAUAUAUGUAUAUGUAAAAUAAAAGUAAACGUUCUUCCAUCACAAAAAAUGACGGAUAAUUUAAUAUACUAUUAUUGUACUCCGUGUAAAAGCAGAUGAUUUAUUAUUUUUAUUAUUAGGUAAUUUAUGCAAAUAAAACUUAAAACACAUC